UGAUUCUGUUAUUACUCAACACAGAUUAACCGGGCGGGGCUUGACAAAGUUUUGACAGACCAUUUUUGUCUGUAGCUGUACACAUGGGAGCACAAGUUAGAAAUGGAGAAGUGCAGUGGUUGAUUCCAGAGGGAAAACUGAAGCAGAAGCUCGGACCUCCCCUACGCUAAAAUGAGAUGAACGAAGGUCUUACGGGUGUGAAACGACAUGAGGGUGAAGUUGACACACAGUGACAUGAUUCAGAGGAAAAUUAUUCAGGAGAAAGCAGAUUCAAUGUCCAGCCGAUCAGACGCUGCUGAACACUCAUCUGAGGCGAGACAGUACGUGUUUAAGGGUGUAGGAACUGGAAGCAUUCACGCUAAGGAUGAGAAUAUUGUGCAUGGUACAAUCACUGGCUAUAAUGACGGUCUGUUAGAGAACAGCAAAAUCAAGAACAUGCUAACUGAGAAUGAUCAACAACCACACAACAACAACCCGAAGGGGAAAGCUGCCGUUUUCAGCCAGUUGUUUAAAAGAACUUCUAAAAAGUUGACGAGUCUCCCUGCACAAGAGAAUGGCUUUGCUGCCACCACUGAUAGUUUGUCCAACCAACACAGCAAUAAGACAGAACUAUCAUUACAACAUGGAGAACUCUCAGCCGGCAAUCACAACCAAACAGAAAACAACAACACCAAGGAAGAAACAGCAUUGGAAAAUGAGGAUUUUUCAGUCAGUGAGAGUCUUGAGGGAAAUUCCCUGUUUAAUUUUCUCCAAACAUUUCCUAGAGGAACCGAGGACAUGUCUGAAGAGGACAGCCCACCAUUACACAUUAAACUGCUGGCCAGUAAUGACGAUCUCUUAUAUCUCUCUCACAACAACUUAAAGGAUAACUCAGGGAAGCUUAGUGGCACUUUCCGCAGUUCCCCAAAACCGGCAUUACGUUUCGCUGCUGAGACGGAUCCGCUAAGUGAGCACAGUAAAUGUAUUGACUGGGAUUACAGCUUCCUGGACUCUGGCACUGAAAAGAAAUCUAUUGCAGUGUCCAGAAAAUGCACAGCAAAUGAUGAUAUGAAACUCUCUGAAAGUAAUACCAAGUUUGUGUCAUUUAGAGUGAAGAGAACUCUACCUAAAAUGCCCACAUUUUUACCCAGUACGCAGUGUUCCGAUCAAGAAGAUAUCAUUGAGGAGCCAUUGGAAAUGCAGCAACUUCAGACAACGGAAGAUUUUGAAAUACUGCCAGUGGAAAUGGCUGCCUACCCUACAGAUUUCAAUUCUUUAAAGACAGAUGAGGAUGAUGGCCUGAUGGACUGGUGGGAAACUGUCGAGGGUUGGAGUGAAUGGAAUGAAACAGCAAAUUUUCAGGAGAAUAAGGAGGAGCUGAUUGUCGAGGCUGCUGCAGACCGUGUGUUCAUGGCAGCCCGUCUCUUUGUCAGUCUAUUCAACCAGCGUGGAGCCUCUCUGCAACGUCGCAUUGUAGAGUUGCUUGCACUAGCGGACACUGCUGACAGCUUCCAUAAGAAGGCCGUGAGCGCAGCUGUCGGAGGGGGUGUGGCUAGUGUGGCCGGGAGCAUAGCCACAAUUACCGGCCUCAUCCUGGCACCCUUCACCUUUGGCACCUCCGUUAUCGUUACUGCGGUGGGUAUCAGUGUGGCAACAGCUGGGAGCAUCACCUCAGCCACAGCUAACAUCACGGAUGCGGUUCAAUCCAAGAUGGACCGCAAGAAGGUGGAAAAGAUGAUCCAGGGCUACCAGAAUGAGAUCAAUGACAUAAGAGAUUGUCUGGAAUUCAUGCAAGAAGGAAUGAACACCCUGCAAGAAUGGGAUUUUAAGGAGUACUCUGAGAGUGUGGUCAACACGAGUCUUAGCCGUAACAUAAAGCAUGUGAUGAAGGAAGGUGGGCGAGCAGGUAAAGCGCUCAUGAUUAACACUGAUAGGCUUAUCAGCACUGUGAAAGUGCUAGGUGUUGCCGGAGGUGCCGCCAAAGCCGCCAAGGCCAUCAGUAUCACCACAGGGGUCAUGUCCACUCUCUUUCUUGCCCUGGAUGUCUUUUUUCUUGCUAAAGACUCCAAUGAACUCCGCAAAGGUGCCAAGACCAAAUUUGCUUCCAAGAUCCGAGAAGUAUGCAAAGAGCUUCAACACGGCCUCCUGGAACUAAACAAAGUGAAGACUCAGCUUCAGAAGACCAUGGAUGGAAUUGAAGUGGAAGAAUAUGAAGAAGAGGAGGAGGAUGAAGACAGAUGUGAGUCAGAUCCUAUUAAUCUGGCUCUACUUGAGAAAGAACUUGAUCAGUUGGAGGAGAAACUUGACCAGAAAACUACACAUGAGCAAAUGAACAAAAGCAAGACAGGAGAGGCUGAAAAAGAGACCACAAAAAAGAAAGAAAAUGAGCAGUCAAAGAGCAAAAAGCAGUGAUAAAAAUGAUAUUAAAAAAUUGAGUCUUAAAGGUGCAAUGUGUAAAAUUUGGGAGGAUCUAUUGACAGUAAUGCAAUAUAAUAUACAUAACUAUGUUUUCAGUGGUGUAUAAAGACCUUACAUAAUGAACCGUUAUGUUUUUAUUACCUUAGAUUGAGCCAUUUCUAUCUCAUGCACACGUUAAGUCGCCAUUUUGCGCCGGCAUGUUUCUACAGCAGCCCUAAACGGACAAACUGCUCUAAAAAGCGCGUUUCAACACUAUGUUGUUCUUCUAAAUCGUUCGUGUUUUUUUUGAGACAGCUUGCAUCGUCACUACGUUGUAUACGCACAAAGUAGUAGUAGUAGUAGUCGUCUGGAUUAUUAGAAGCAGAGACCGUUCUUUGUUAGAAGUGAGAAGAAACCUCAUUGCUUCACUGUACUCUCUGCUGUCUCAGACGACGACAUCUUUGUCUCGUGUCGGCCAGACGGCCACCAUAGCUUCUCUGAAAGGGAGGGGUGAGCUCUGUUGGUUGCAGUUCGCAACCUCACAUGCUGCUAAAAUUUACACAUUGCACCUUUAACAGUGAGCUAACAUAUGGAAACAACAAAAGCAGGAUGGUUGCUAAAUCAAAUUCAAAGAUUUGAAAGGAAAAAGGAAGAAAAACAAAAAUGAAGAGGAAUAAUCAAGUUGAUCUCGAAAGACCUGGAAGUAUAGAAUUAUAGUAUAGACUUUGCACAGAUAUUAGGGGGCUGAUCACAGAUUAUAAGAGGAACACUUCUGGGUUAAAGAGACAGAAAGAGGAGAAUUUAAGUACAAGGGGAAUAAGAUGUCUAGAAACAUUCAUGUGUUGUUCAAGCAAACUCAAAAAAGUGACAAAUGAUACAGUAUAUUGAGAAGUAAAGGAGACAAGGAAGAUAAACCACUAAAUUUGCAUUUCCAGAAGUAAAUACCAGUGGAUGAGAUUCAUGUUUAAGUUUUAAGUAGUACUGUUUCAGGCUUUUGAUUCUGUGCAAAUCAAAUACUGCAUUAUGUAUGAAUUUUGUUUUCUGUGUGCUACACACAAGAAUCAAAAUGGCAACUGUAAUGUAACCUGAAAGUUUUAAAUAUAUACACACAUAUACACAAUUCAGUAUAUGCAGUAGAAAAUUUCAAAAUUAAUUUCUAUAUUUAGGGUUGUGGGCUCAGAACAGACCACUAAACUUUGAUAUUUAAGGUAUAUCAGUACAGUUUUGUCUAGAAUAAAUAAAUUCUAGAGAAUUAGUGUGAAAAAAGCAGACCAGUGUAUUGAUCUAAGAAUCUGGACUGACCCUUAACAUGUUCACCGCGACCUGUAGCCUAUAAUGUAGAUUUUCAGAAUUCUCUGGUGUGGUUUUGAACACAAAAAAAAUCUGUUUCAGUUCCUCAGCAUUAUAUAUGGGAAGCCUUCUGUUUUUUUUUUUUGGCUUUACAUUAACCAAACACCUUGACCUUGUGCUGGCAGAGUGCACUAAUGAUCAUAUGUAGGUAAAAGGGCAUUUGAAGAUUGUGGUUUUAUUAACUUUCUGAGUGUGAAAACUGUAAACGAGCAGUUGUUGUGGCCGAUCCUAACUCUGGGGCAUGUGCAGGUGUCGUAUGUUUGGAUUCUGCUCCCUAAAUAAAAAUAGCCAAUAAUAAAAAUAAAAAAGUUUUUAUACUGGGUUUUAUGCAUCAUAGAUGUAAUAUAUUUUUAUAUGUUCUGUAUUAUUUAUUUUUGUACAUAUUUUUAAGAAAAUUUUUUGUUUUAAUGUUUUUCCACAAAAUGUUUUGUGUGGUUCUUUUUCUAUGGAUUUGUGCAAUGGAUAAAAGUGGUUUAUAAAUAAAAUGCAGAAUGAGUUGUA